AUGAGAGGACGAGGACGUGGAUCUUCAUCACGAGGUCGAGGAGACCAUAGCAGGGGUGAUGACCACACAAGUGAAUCACAGAAUGUCAAUCAAGAUUUGGUGCAAUACACUGCCUUGAUUCCUAGACCAGACCAGGGUGAGAGAUCCACACAGGGUGCUGCACCAUCCACUCCUGCUUCAGUGCACACAUCUGCUACUGCCUCAGCUCCCAUUGGUUUGCCACCUAUUGCAUCGACGGCUACAUCUGCAUUUGCAUCUGCUUCUGCUUCUGGUAGUUGUGCACCUACAGGAUACAUACCACAUAUUUCCUUAGUAAACUCAAUCAUGCAGCCUUCUGAUCCGAUUGCUAGGCGGAUUACCUUGAUCUUCAAGGAAAAGUUAGUAGUAGAUGGCUUUUGUUGGAAAAAUGUACCAGAAGAGGUUAAAGAAUUCUAUUGGCAAGAAUUUAAGGUAAUACAAAUUAUAUUGUACGUGUGA